GAAUAAAAACACUUAGAGAGAGAGAGAGUAUUGCGCAUGGAGUCUGGAAGCUUUAAACCUAAUGAAAGUGGAGAACCAUUCCCUUUUCUCUUUACCUCUGCAAAAAACACUUGCACAUAGUUGACAACUAUGCGUAACGACGCGUGCCUGUGGUGGCACCGUGAAGGAGGCUCGUCAGACGCACGCUCUCCUCCUCGGCUUUCAGCACUGCCUUUCAGCCAGCUGAAGUGAAUGACUUAAAUGAACACUGUGCAGCUCGGAUCUUUCGGAGGAGAAAGACGUUCUACAGUAACCAGCUUCACGCCAUAACCGUGCGCAACUGGAGCAGAGCGCCUUUUCCAUCCUUUUUUUGCAGAACUUGGACUAUAUGGAGCGCAGGGAUUCAACUGCAAUAAACAUCUGUGAGUGACCAAAGUGUGUUUAAAAAAAGAAACCAUCCGCACGUUGUUGGAUCCUUUGUUUCGGAGGGCAACAAACUUCCUCUGGUGCAGCUCUCCUGUUCCACAGUCGCCUGUAGUCAGAGCGCAUCGUCGUUGGGGAGCUCCAGAGAUCCUCCUGCGGGGUAACUGUCGCAGCCAGCAUUCGCUGGUGCUUCGCAGAUCCGCCUGAGAGUGACUGGGGGGGGGCUUCACCCUGAUCGAGUCUUUCUCAGACUUGUGAGAAAAAAGAAAGAAAGAAGGGGAGGAUGUUGCGCCAAGUACAAUGAGUGCAGAGUUAUCGCAGGUACCCGAUUCCACAUCUGCUCCAAAGAAUUCCGCUUUGAUGAGCGUUUCUUACUGGUCUGUGGAAUUUGAAUAAAAAGUGGAUCCUUUGACUUUGCAACCAUGCGAAAUACUUCGCUGUCUCGCCGGAGUGCGAUUACGGAAUAUUGGACAUCGCUGAUUGCAUGCCUCUUUUGGAUUCAGUACUCUUAUGGGAUGCCUCACGUUAUACGAAUAGGUGGAAUAUUCGAACAAACGGAUGGACCUGUUUCUCUUGUUAGCGCGGAGGAGCUUGCCUUUAAAUUUGCUGUCAACAAUAUAAACAGAAACAGAACUUUGUUGCCAAACACAACAUUAACAUAUGACAUACAGAGGAUUAAUAUCUAUGACAGCUUUGAAGCAUCAAGAAAAGCUUGCGACCAGCUCUCCUUAGGAGUUGUUGCAAUAUUUGGGCCUUCGCACAGCUCCUCAUCAAACGCUGUGCAGUCCAUCUGCAACGCCCUGGAAGUGCCGCACAUUCAGGUGCGGUGGAAGCACCAUCCCAUGGAUAACAGGGACACCUUUUAUGCCAAUUUAUACCCUGAUUACUCAUCGUUAAGCUAUGCCAUCCUGGACCUGGUGCAGUAUCUCAAAUGGAAAACAGCCACUGUUGUAUAUGAUGAUAGUACAGGUCUUAUAAGACUACAGGAGCUGAUUAUGGCACCAUCCAGGUACAACAUUCGACUAAAGAUCCGCCAGCUUCCUCUCGACACGGAGGAUACAAGGCCCCUCCUUAAAGAAAUGAAGAGAGGACGAGAGUUUCGCAUCAUUUUUGACUGCAGUCACCACAUGGCAGCUCAGAUUCUGAAACAGGCCCAGACCAUGGGGAUGAUGACGGAGUAUUACCACUAUAUCUUCACCACUCUGGACCUGAUGGCCAUUAACCUGGAGCCCUAUCGCUUCUGUGGCGUAAACAUGACCGGCUUCCGCAUCCUCAACGUGGAUAAUCCUCAGGUCGCAUCCAUCGUUGAGAAAUGGUCUAUGGAGAGGCAGAUACCACCCAAACCUGAUUCAGGCCUGCUGGAGGGAAUCAUGACGACAGAUGCAGCUUUGACCUAUGAUGCAGUCCACAUUGUGUCCGUGUCCUACCAGCACGCUCCACAGAUGACUGUGAACUCUCUGCAGUGCCAUCGCCACAAACCCUGGAGAUUUGGGGGCCGCUUCAUGAGCUACAUAAAAGAGUCCCACUGGGAUGGUUUGACUGGGAGGCUUUCCUUCAACAAGACAACUGGUCUGCGCACAGACUUUGAUCUGGACAUUGUCAGCCUGAAAGAAGAUGGCCUUGAAAAGGUGGGGAAAUGGAGUGCGUCUGGAGGUCUUAACAUCACCGAAGUACCGAAGCGAAAAGGCAUUAACAUCACCGAUUCCCUGGCUAACCGCUCCCUUGUCAUUACCACCAUUCUGGAGGAGCCAUAUGUCAUGCUUAAGAAGUCUGACAGGGCGCUUGUUGGAAACGACCGUUUUGAAGGAUUCUGCAUCGACUUGCUGAAAGAGUUGGCCGGCCUCCUUGGCUUCACGUAUGAGAUCCGUCUGGUGCCUGAUGGGAAAUACGGCUCUCAGGAUGACAAAGGCCAGUGGAACGGCAUGAUAAGGGAGCUGAUUGAACAUAGAGCAGAUUUGGCUGUGGCUCCUCUCACCAUAACCUACACACGGGAGAAGUUCAUCGACUUCUCCAAACCCUUCAUGAGCAUGGGCAUCAGCAUCCUGUAUCGCAAGCCCAACUCCACCAACAGCGGCUUCUUCUCCUUCCUGAACCCCAUGACUCCAGACAUUUGGGUCUACAUCCUGCUGGCGUACCUCGGAGUUAGCUGUGUCCUUUUUGUCAUUGCAAGGUUUAGCCCCUAUGAAUGGUACGACGCUCAUCCCUGUAAUCCAGGAUCAGAUGUGGUGGAGAACAACUUCACCCUCCUCAACAGCUUUUGGUUUGGAGUCGGCUCCUUGAUGCAACAAGGCUCAGAGUUGAUGCCCAAAGCCCUGUCGACCAGGAUCAUUGGUGGGAUCUGGUGGUUCUUCACGCUCAUCAUCAUAUCGUCCUAUACAGCUAAUUUAGCCGCUUUUCUCACUGUGGAAAGAAUGGACACACCGGUCGACUCAGCCGAUGAUAUUGCCAAGCAGACAAAGAUUGAGUACGGUGUAAUCAAAGACGGGGCAACCAUGUCUUUCUUCAAGAAAUCAAGAGUUUCCACGUUUGAGAAGAUGUGGGCCUUCAUGAGCAGCAGGCCCCGAACUUCACUGGUGAAGUCAAUUGAGGACGGGAUCCAGAGAGUGCUGAAGUCAGACUAUGCCCUCAUUACAGAGUCCACCACUAUUGAUUACAUCACUCGGAGAAACUGUAAUCUGACUCAGGUGGGAGGGAUUAUCGACAGCAAAGGCUAUGGCAUUGGCACUCCCAUUGGCUCCCCUUACAGGGACAAAAUCACCAUAGCAAUACUAAGUAUCUUGGAGGAUGGGCGCCUACACAUGCUGAAGGAGAAGUGGUGGAGUGGGAGCAGCUGCUUGGAUGAAGAGCGUCGCGAGACAGGCCCCAUGGGUAUCCAGAACCUGGGUGGUUUAUUCAUUGUGCUGGCAUCUGGCCUGGUGCUGUCUGUGUUUGUGGCGAUGGCGGAAUUCAUCUACAAACUGAGGAAGACCGCGGAACGUGAGCAGAGGUCUUUGUGCAGUGCCAUGGUGGACGAGAUCAGACUGUCGUUCACCUGCGAGAGACGGGUGAAACACAAGCCUCAGCCCCCGGUCAUGGUGAAGACGGAUGCGGUGAUAAACAUGCACGCCUACAACGACCGACGACUCCCAGGAAAGGACAACAUGAGCUGCAGCACUGGGAUGACUCCUGUGUUCCCAUGACAAUAUGCUCCCCGCAGGGCAAAAGCCUCCUGAGCAACGUGUCGGGGGCGGUGCCAGAGCCCAGAGACAAUGGCAUAGACGGGAUCACCAGAUACACCAUCAACCACAGUGACAUGGGGACGCUAACAAAACACGGGCAACUCAAAAUGGCAGCAUCAGCUACGCAGGUAUGACAAAGUCACCAUUGUAAUAAAAACUACAAGGAUUUCAAUGAAUUUUAUGGGGGGGGGGCGGGAUCCAUACCUGAAAAAAGAUCAAAUGAAUCAGUUUCAAGUCUGAUGUUUACGUGCGCAACUCAAAAAGAAAAAAAUAAACUUUUAAGGGACCUUCAUCCAAUAAAAAACUGAAUACUUUAUGGGAAAACAUGGUCAAAAGAAAGAAGAAUGGCGUUGUGGAGAAAGGCAAUAAGUGAGUUCUAGAAGCAGAAGAGAGUUUCUGUUUUGUCAUACAGUAAAAUGAUAAUAUCAAGUUCUUACCUUUUAUCUUGUUGAUUUGAACACUUAUGAAUGGCCUUUGGCAGCAGAAAGUAGUUUUACCUCAAAGUUGAGAAGGCUCGACUGGUCAACAGAGUCAUGCUGUAGGAAUACUCAUUUAGUAUUUGCGGUUUUGUGAUUGGUAGAACCUACAGCAAGCGGUAACUUUGAUUUUUUUUUUUUUUUAUCCCAUUUUUUAAGUGUGUGAUGUGUAAUUAACUAUAUUGUUACACAAAAACAACCAUUAUUACUGAUGCAAAGUGGAUUGUCAAGACAUUUACUGUAUAUUAAAAACAAAAGAUCUGACCAUUGAUAGACUAUUGGACAGUGUUAUGAAUUCACCUUUUUUCUUUGUACAUAACUGAAUUUUGCUCCUUUUAAAUAUCGAUUGCCAAAGAUCUGACCAUUCAUCAGACAAAAGAAAUGAUCAGAGCAGCUUGGACCUGGACUGUUAAUUUACUUUGUUGAAGAACCAGCCUUUUUUCUGUAGAGUGAUUUGAUUGGUUUAAGAAACCCAGUUGGCUCAUUCAUUUUCAUUUUUUUGGUUUUCUUCUACAGGAAUUUAUAUCUACAGUAUUGACGAUACAUUCAGAUUUUAAACAGAAAUUAAUCUCAAAUGAAAAUUCAUAAGUAAUAGCAAGAUACAUAAAGAAAUGUAUUUCUUUAGACAAAUAUAUAUAUAAAAAAGAAAACAUCUUAAAAACUGAAUUAUAAUGGACAAAAAUAAAGCUCCUAGAGCAGGGUUCUCAAACUCAUUUUAUCUAUGGGGUUCCAUUUGUGCCAAAAAUAUGUUUUUGUCCAUAUCUUUGGUCCAUUGUCUAUGUCUACUGAACAAGUUUAUUAAACAUUUGUUCAUGUCUAUGUACUACUAAGCAAUAUCUUCUGCGUGUCCUGUGAAAUAACAGGAGCUAACGACGCAACUGUUGCUAAAGACUUCUCUGAUGACCAAAUCCGACGACAAUAGCAAAUGCAAAGUUUUAAGCAUAAAUCAAGCUAAAACAUCAGAAUCCAAAGCUAUCAUCAAAGAAGAUAUUGCUGAGUAGACACUGAACGUUCGUAUUAAGCCGGGGGCCGCAAAAUAUCGACUUGGGGGCCACAAAUAGUUUGAGACCCUGUCCUAGAAUGUUAUCAAAGGGUCAAUAGCACGUGUAUUUAUUCUUUUUUUUUUAGUUUCUUUGACAAAAGCUGCUUAUGGAUAGCUCUCACGCCACUAUUUUGACUGGCAGUAACUGCGUUUCCAUGACACAUGUGCCCAAAAGUUCAGAGAAAUUCUAGAAAUGUUGAAAAAAUACUAUUUUCCAAAUACGCUUUUUCCAGUAAAACAUAAUUAUGCUAAUAAACGCAAACCAACUCACAUGAUAAGUCAGAAACAUGGCAACGGAUUGAGAACAAGAAUUGUUUUAAGUUGUCAUCAUCUAUCAAAGGAGACGUCGGCGUCUCAUUCAGGCCUUGGAGCGAAAAAAUCUCCAAAUAAUAAACCUAUAAUUACAAAUAAUAGUGAAAUAAAUGAUCAUGCAAGUGUUUUCAUUUAAACAUUUCUGGAACAUCAUAGUCAAUGGAAACGCAGGUAUUGUUGUCACGGCAAACACUAUAUCUGUAAUUUCAUCCGUUAUUGGCACAGCUAACCACCCGUUUACCAUCUCUAAGAUCCAAUCGCUCAAAAAAAAGAUAUUCAAAGGAAAACACAGUGGGCCUUGUUUUGGUGAUCCAUGGUGGGUGAUUUAAAUCUGUUGGCUCAAGCAACAUUUGGACAUGUGCAUGGUAAUUUCCUGCUUGGCAACAAGGAAUAAUGUUUCAUGCACCAUCAGCACCAGGGCUGUCUUUGAUCUGCUUAUUAAAACAGAAGCCUGCAGCUGUCCAAUCAGUGUGCAACCUCACAUCCCCUUCAACAGAUGUGAGUUUGAGCCCUCAACAGGUCAGAAGUUCAUGAAGUGAAAGCACACAUGACGAGCAAUAUUAAUUGCUCACUGUGCAAAAAUCACUUCCCCAUGUCAACAUGCAAUUGCAUAUUUAAAUACUUUUUUUUCCCAAAAACAUCUUGCCAAGCAGGUUUGGGAUGUGUCGGUUUGAUAUAUUUGGGAAAUCUUGACUCUUUUGCUUUGCCACUAACACACUUACAAAUUCCAAAUAUUGUAAGUUAACAUUUAGGAAUUUAAUCAUCUUUUUUAGGAAAGAUGCAUAAAUUUAAAUGAAGAAAAACAUUGCAGUUUAAAAAUAAAUGUAGUUUUUUUUUUCUAGUAUUUUAGCAUAUUUUUUUAAAUAUCUUCUGCUAACUUUUCAUGAAACUGAAUUGUCAGCGCAUCUAAGAAUCCAGUGUGGAUGAACUGACAGGAGUACGUAACUUUUUUUUUUUUUUUGUUUGCAUGUUCUAUUAAAGUAAGCUGUGAAUCUCCCUGCCAGAAAGACAUCCACUUGAGUGUAUUUCCUUGUGCUGUUUUCAAUAAACAAUGAGCUGCUCUUUGUCUUUGUGUGGCCACCAUCGAUUGUAUAUAAAGAACUGGACAGGGCGGGUGUGAUGUCAUCUCUGGCUCCACCAAAAUGAAGCCAAUUCAGUCACCAUUUUUCCACGAUAUGGACAUCGCCAUGUUGGAGCCAGACGACAGUGAUUGGUCCAAGUCGCUCUAAGUCAGAGGUCUGCAACCUUCAGCACUUGAAAGCCAUCCAGGUCCAUUUCUUAUAUACUACAAUCCAGUAGUUGUUUAAAAAAAUUAAGUAGUUUAUAACUUUUGUUGGAGGUUUGUGUGACAUCCUUUCAAAAUAAAAGGCACCCUGCACUACAUUUGAUGAUCUUAAUGCAGCAAAUGUAGGUAGUGUCAUGUCAGCAGUGGAAAAAAAAAAGUUUUAUUUCACUAUCGUUCGUGUAUCUCAACCAGAUAAACACAAAUCCGAACUAAGUGACCCAUGCUGUAUUUUUCAGACCAUGAAGAACACUUAAAACCUUAAAUUUGCCUUAUAAUCAGUAUGAAUUCUGGCUGUGCACUAAUCUCCAACUGAUUUUUGGUUGUAAAAGUCUCUGAAAAAUCUGUCAAAAUGUUAUAGCUUUGAUGAAGCUGGAUCGCUAUUUUAAUUUAAAAUAGAAAAUAAUUUUUAGUUUUCUUUACCCAUGAGAGCCACAAUGGAGAGGUCAAAGAGCCACAUGUUGCAGACCCCUGCUCUAAGUCAACGUUUCAAUGGCAACUGAAGAAUCUGUCAAUCAAACUUUCGAGGUGGGGGCCAGAGAUCACCACAUGAUUUUAAUGAGGCUUCUGAUCGGUCAGUUUAUAACUUGAAAAACUUGCAAUAAAGAAAACAGUAUUACAAAUAAUAGAAUGACUGAGUUAGCCGUCUGUGAGGUUUUUUCUUCUCAGAGCUAGAAGGUAUUUGGAGCACAAGGUGGUGGGGGAGGGGAUCAUUCAGUCCAGUUCUCUAUAUACAGUCAGUGGUGGCCACAUGACCACUGAAUGUCAAUUUCUUUAAUGUUAUCAGUAUAAUGGUUGUUUUGCAUUGUACUAAAUUUAAGGUGGGAAUGUGAUUCUGUCGGGAGUGGAGAACAUUUUAUUUUUCACAAUCCAAAAGAUUUAAUGUCGUUUUUCUUUGACUACCUGAUGUUGACUGUUUCAAUCUAGACAUGUCUUGAGUGGAAGACUGUGGUAAACAAAAUGAAAAUAGUUGACAGUUUUGUGUUCUCGUUGACUUUUGGUUUCAUGUUAAGUUUUAUACUUGACGGUUUGAGAAGUCUGUGAGCCGCUGUUACUCAGAGGCUCAAAGAACAGCAAACCUCUGUGAGGGUUAUGUUGUGGAUUCUCAGAGACAGAAAAAUAGUACAAAAAAAUUAUUAAUAAUAGUAAAUAUCUAUAACUGAAGUGAAUUUGGAUCUGUAAAACUUAGCCUUGGUUUGGUAGAGAUUCACUGUAUAAUUGUUUCUCAAUCCCCUUCUGCAAAGUAGACUAUGUAGAUAAAAUCAGCAGAAUAAAAUGUAUUUUGCUAAAUUUCUACAGUUUUAAAAGAUUUUUUUCAUAAAUAUGUUAUUUAUUUCAUUAGAAAGGUCACUUUAACCUACUUCUUCACUUUCUCCACGAUUCAUUUUCCCAAAUCCUGUUUAUUUAACAAAAAACAAAUUCUAUCAUAGUGAAUUACUCUCAUCCAGAUAGGAAAAAAAAUCUAUGUAUAUCUCCUUUUUGAUGGCUACUAUAUUUUUACAAAGUGAAGCUAAAAUGGAAAUGGUGAGCUUCCCUACAAGUUGAGGGAACACUAUCUUAGAGUAGUUUUAUCUUGUGUCAGUGGACCUUUGCUCUUCAUAAAAACCCCAAUUACAACUUGGCCUAGAGUAUGACUGAUACUGGUGUGUGGUAUUACUAUGUCACUGUUACCCUGAUGUGCAUUUUUUCCAUACAGGUGAUUCAAGACUGUAGUACACUUCCAUAAUGUUUUGAAAAAUCACGGAAAAUCUCACAGACAAAUUCAGUCCAGCUGGAGUUAGAAGAGAUUUUCUGAUUUGGCUGUUCUGUCUGGUGCAGGAAAAUGUGCACCUUUUUUUAAAAAAAAAAUCUAUGUGAAUAACGACGUCAUUUUUACACAAAAUUGUAUGAAAUGUAAAAGACAAGUAACACAAAAUGUAAGCUACAUUAACGGUGUUCCAUGAGCAGUGUGUAAAGUUAUUUUAGAUUUUCUGACAUGCCUUUUUUUGUAUAUUUUGUGUUGCAAAAGCUUCUAUCAUUGGGCAGAAAAACUCAAACAAUAUAAUAAAUUGUUGGUUCCAACCAGGGUUUUCUUUGUGGACAUGCAGGAUUUCUAUAAAUAUAGUUUUUGUAAGUUUUUGUAAAAAAAAAAUAAUAAAAAGGAGGGAGGGGCGGGGGUGUUCUGUUUUCAUAGUAACUGUAUGUGUUAAGACAUUAGAAUAACAAACAUCUGAAUAAAUCAUGGUGGGAAAUGAACUAAGUGCUAUAGAAAAGCUAUUAAAUUUUCUUUUUAACACACUGUGAAUAAUUCAAUUGUACAGUUUGCUGUAUGGAUUAUAUGAAGAUUUAAAUAAAAAAACACAAACAAUC